AGUCUCAAACAGGAACCCAUCCUCAUCUGGGUGGCACCAAAUGUCCAUCAUUACUGAGUUGUUCUGUGAAGUGAUGGACGCUUAAAUACAAAACUGUUGAUUGAAACUGUAGUCCAAACCCAUUGUCAAAGUUCUGGAGUUGACCAAUAACCUCACGGCUCUUUAGGCUGUUCACGUGGAACCAUCCUCAGCUGCACAGAGUGUCUCUGUAUGGUAAAUGCACAAGUUGUGUUUUUGCUGCAAUCCAUAAUCAUGAAGCUAAUCUCAAUAAACGAGCCAUCUUUAUUUCAGUGUCUGUUGCGUCAUAAAUGAUGUGGACUGCAAUCACACAAAGCUCUGUGUGUCUCUCUGUGGGCCUUUGUCCAGUUUUGAAGAGCUUUUGUUGUUCUUCUUAUUUGAUUGAGAUAACUAGUGCAUUACAGCCACAUGUGGGUUGCUGGUCUGCCUUCGAAACUCUGAAUAUGUGUGUACAUGCUUACAUACAUGUGUGUGAGAUGGCAUCAUUCAGUCAAGAGCUUUUCUCCUCCUACGUCUUAUGAACAAAGAGGCUGUUUUUGGGGUGGUAAAGCAAAUGAAACACACACACACACAAACUUCAGAGCCUCAGAGACGCAUCUUCACCCUGCCGUCACUCAGUAACAACACGGAUGGUUUUCACACACUGGUUUGUUGUGUUAGUGCAAUUUCCUUCCUCUUCGUUUGUCCAUUUUCUUUCGGUUGUUGCGGCGAAAAUGGACUUCCAGACAAUCUGAACUGAACACGGAAGAAAAUUUUAGCAGUUAAUAUCAAGUUUAUUGAACAUCCUCGAUCAUCAUCACCAUCUCAGCGUGUUACUGUUCCCCUGGACGAUGCCGACGACAGGUGUGCAGGUCAUUGGCUUUUUGGUUUCGAUUACAGGAUGGGUGGGCGGGGUUUUGGUUUGCGCCGCCCCAUAUUGGCGCGUUUCAGCCUUCGUAGGAGACGAGCUGGUGGUAUCAGAGGUGGUGUGGGAGGGUCUGUGGAUGACCUGCCUGUCCCAGUUGGGAAGGAUCCAAUGUAAAGUCUAUGACUCAGCCCUCGCUCUGUCAGGCUCCACCCAGUUUUGCCGUGUAAUGGUUAUUUUGUCUCUCCUGUUCGGAUUAUUUGCCAUGCCCCUAGGGGUGAUUGGGAUGAAGUGCACACACUGCCUCGAGGGAGUGCGUGAUGCUAAGGCUCGCCUGGUGCGUAUGGCCGGUGGAGUCUUCAUGGUGGCAGGCGUGGCUUUCUUUUUGCCGGUUUUCUGGACCACCUUCGCCGUAAUUCGGGAUUUUUACGACACCAACGUGCCACCACCGCGCAAGCGUGAACUUGGCCCCGCCUUGUACCUGGGAGGAGGUGUGGCCUGUAUGAUGCUGGCUGGAGGAGUUCUGCUAUACCAAGGAGGCUCCGCCCCUAGUGGGGCUCCAUCCAAGCCUUUUUUUGGUAAAGGGGCGGGGCCAGCCAAGGACAAUCACCCCACAGCUGUGGCAGAAGGAAAACAGGACAGAGCUUAUGUGUGAGCCAAGAAUCAGGAUCGACGAUUCACCAGGAAUUAAAGAAUGAAGAAUUAAAAUGAAAGUUAAAACAAACAGGACAGAAAAAAUCAAUCAGCAACAAAAAAAUGUUUAAAGGCUAAAAUUCAUUCAUUCAAUAAAUAAAUACUUAAAUAAAUAAAACUGUUGAUCUGAUUUCCUGUAGCUCAGAACUGCUACUCUUCUUCAUGUUGAUAUAUUUAUAUUGUUUAUAAUUUAAUUAUAAUUAUCUAAUAAAACAUAUUAACUGGUAUUAAUUGGAACAAUUAAUUCAAAGGGUUUUUUUUUAGUACAUUUAUUCAUUUUCCACCUGAAUGAAUAAAUAAAUAAUAAACAAUUUGAAGUAUUGUUCAUAAAAAAUAAACAGAAAGAUAUAAACUUAAUAUACAUUGGAUUUUUAAUUAAUUAUUUAUUAACCUCAUUGUGAUAAUCACCGCUCUGUUUAAUUUUUUUU